UCACGCCAAGCGGACGCGUAACGGGGCAACUACCUAUAUAGUUUGUUGGUAAUCAGACGCUCCUCUCUGCAUCGCUACUAUAUACCACAGACCGGCAGCUAUAGUAAUUUGAACAGUUUAGACAAAAUUAAAAAAUUUCGCGCCGCGAGCAAAGCAUGUGAUAAUCGCUUGUUUUCCAAUUUUUUCGUAUCCUGCGUGUUGAUUUUCCAUCGAGGGCUUUUCACGCGUGUGCUUGUGCGUGUGCGUGUGCGUGUGUUGGUGCGCAGGACAUAAAAGCUCCGUUUUGUUGUUGUCCUGGCAAGGCCAUUGAACAGCUGGCAGUUCCUCAACUCGGCUAGGCAUACAAACCAAAACCAAAACAAGUUUUAUAGUUGGGUUUUUUUAAAAUAUUUAUAAAAUCCCACCGCCGUCACUCCUGCCCCCCUUCAUACAGCAAAAAUAAUUUAUAAAUAACAAAUUGUCGGCUGCUUUGCUGAUUGAAUUCGAGACGAAGAGACAGCGAGAACGAGAAAAUAACCACAAAAUGUCUUCCAUGGCUGCCUUUGAUCAGUUCAAAAUUGGACUCAAAAUGGUCGACUUUAAGGUCCAGCAACGGCGAUACAGGACCAGCGAAAAGACUGUCGUCAGUACCACCUAUGGCCCCAUAAAGGGCGUCAAGCGGAAGUCCAUCUACGGCCAGUCCUACUUCAGUUUCGAGCGGAUCCCUUUUGCCAAGCCACCCGUCGGAGAGCUGCGCUACAAGGCCCCACAGCCACCAGAGGUCUGGACGGAGGUCAAAAGCUGCACCUCCCAGGGACCGAAGCCCCUGCAGAAGCAUUUUGUCUUUGAGAUGACAGACGGCUCCGAGGACUGUCUCUACCUCAAUGUCUACACAAAGAAUUUAUAUCCCACCAAACCAAUGCCUGUGAUGGUCUGGAUCUAUGGCGGUGGCUUUCAGUUUGGCGAAGCCUCGCGGGAAUGCUACAGUCCUGAUUACCUGCUUCGCGAGGAUGUAGUAGUUAUUUCGAUUAACUAUAGACUAGGACCCUUGGGAUUCCUGUGCAUGGACGAUCCCGAAUUGGAUGUUCCCGGCAACGCGGGACUCAAGGAUCAGGUCUUGGCCCUGCGAUGGGUCAAGGCGAAUUGCUCCCGUUUUGGUGGAGAUUCGGGUAACAUAACUAUUUUCGGGGACAGUGCGGGAAGUGCAUCGGUGCACUACAUGAUGAUAACAGAGCAGACUCGCGGCCUGUUCCACAAGGCCAUUUGCAUGUCGGGCAAUACGCUUUCACCCUGGGCAGUGACCCCGCAGAGAAACUGGCCCUACCGCCUUGCGGUUCAGGCUGGCUACACGGGCGAGAACAACACGCGGGAUGUGUGGGAGUUCCUGAAGAACGCCAAGGGAUCCGACAUUAUCAAGGCCAAUGGAGAGCUCUGCAUCGACGAAGAGAAGAAGGAGCGCAUAGGAUUCUCCUUCGGACCCGUGAUCGAGCCCUAUGUGACUAGCCACUGUGUGGUGCCCACGAAGCCCAUCGAAAUGAUGCGCACCGCCUGGAGCAACAGCAUACCCCUGAUCCUGGGAGGCGUCUCCAAUGAGGGCCUACUGCUAUACUCCGAGACCAAAACGAAUCCCAAGUGUCUAAAUGAGCUGGACGACUGCCGCUUUGUGGUGCCCAUCGAGCUGAACAUGGACCGAGAUAGUGCCCUGUGCCGGGAGUACGGCGAUCAGCUGAGGCAGUGCUAUUACGGCGAUAAGACGCCGAGUCUAGACACCCUGCACGAGUACCUUCAGAUGGUCUCACACGAGUAUUUCUGGUUCCCCAUCUACCGCACAGUAUUGUCCCGCCUGCUGUACGCCCCCGGGGCACCGACGUACCUUUACCGCUUCGACUUCGACUCGAAGCACUUCAACCACCUGCGCAUCCUGAGCUGCGGCAAGAAGGUACGCGGCACGUGUCACGGCGACGACCUGUCCUACCUUUUCUACAACUCGCUGGCGCGCAAGCUGAAGAACCACACGCGGGAGUACAAGUGCAUAGAGCGGCUAGUGGGCCUGUGGACGCACUUUGCCGCCUGCGGGAACCCCAACUUCGAUCCGGAGCAGCCCGAUCUUUGGCUGCCCGUGGAGCCGGCGGCCGUCGAGAAACACCAGCUGAAGUGCCUUAACAUAUCCGACGAGCUGAAGGUGAUCGACGUGCCCGAUAUGCGGAAGCUGAUGGUCUGGGAGAGCUUCUAUCGGCGCGAUGAGCUGCUAUAAUUAUUAAAGGGGGGAUCUAUCUAGAUUAAAUCAGUAGCUUUACCUAAACAGGGGAGGUUCGAAUCUCAAGGGAGGGGAGUGUAAUCUAUGGAUACUUCUGAGACAAGACAAAACUAAAGUUUUGGGAGUAUUACAAAUAUUUCCUUGACAUUGGUUCAGGAAUAGUCUUUCACAAGUUUAUGUCUUCAAAAUCCUAGACUUAAUACGAAUUUAAACCAAAUUGUAUUCGUUGAGAACGAGAACGAGCAAAGGUUUCCUGUCUCAAACUCACAACUAUCGAUUGAUUACAAAAACUUCCUUUUAGAUCUUUUAAGUAAGACGAACCACCCUGAAACUUCACGAUUCUGACAGCUUUAUGUUGAAGCCUCUGUUUGAAACAAUGCAAAGCGUAGCUUUGGGCCUGAAAUCAAGAGCGUUUACUGUUGUUAAGUUUGCCAACGUAGAGGGGAAUCCUAGUUAGGUGUGUUAAAGUUCAUCCGCCUCUCGGAUCGGAUCUAUAGUCUAAGCAGGCUGUUUAUAAGUGUAGUUAUGAGUGUGAAACAAGUCGCAACUGAAGUACCUUCUAUGAGAAACUACCAAACCAACUAAACCAAACUGAACUAAUCCAGGCAGCCAAGGAUUCUGAGCAAAGAACUUAUAUUUAACGUUCCUUCAUGUCUCGCUGAUAUCUAUAACAAGCCAACACACACAUAUAUCAACCGUAUUUUGUACGGAUCUCUUUACUCGAGAUCGCUGUAAGUCCUCGACACUAAUUUGCUUAAGGUUCCAUUCUUUUUCUUCCAUCGCCUAACGAACGCACACGUUUACAAAGAGGAAGUUUUUUCCAUUUGUGUUUCAAAAUAUAGAUGUAUAUUUAAAUGAGAAAACGAGUUAACCGUAACCAAUUUAUUUAUAUUCGUAGCCUAAGUCUUUUUAGAUAUUUAGCCUUUUGUAUGCAUAAGUUGUUUUGGUAAAAUGUUGUUUUUGAACAAACAGAGAAACCUGUCCAAGUUUUACAUCAUUUAUAUUAUACAUAACAAGCGAAUAAAAACUAAAACUAAACAACUAAACGGAAAACUGAUAAGUGGAAGACGUUUUUUGAGUGUGCACAAAAUGAUUAGGAGUAAGUCCGCCAGUUGAAACUAGUUUGUCUAAGAAUUCUCUGUGUAUCCGAGUCUGUUGGAAACCAAAUGUUUUUGUCAAAAAGCUUCAAAGUCUUGUGAUGGAAAGAAACUAUGAAAUUUGAAAGUGUAUAAAACCAUAUUUUAUUAAAAAAGAAUAAAAGCAAAGA